ACCGCCCGCGCCGCGCCUUACCCCCCAUCGCCCCACAGCCACCCCCCCACACCCACCUGGGCCGUCGACAGUUUCCAUCACUUCCACAGUGCUGCGGCAGCUGCCGCGCAACCCAACUCCGUGACUCUGAGUCCAGCGCCCUCAAUCGACAGUUCUGGAAGUCCGCAGAGGGGAGAAACGCUCGGUUACGCGUCGGCGUAUGCUCCUCCUGUACCCGUGUCAGCCCAAGCGGCGAGUUCUGGUAGCAACCAUUCUGACUCAGAUGAAGAGAAUCAUUUCGCGCCGCCACCACGUUCGCCGAAGGAGACUUCAUUACCGAGUCCCGCGCCGCAAACGCACUCAGCGCCGCAACACACGCACUACCGGGCACAACAUCGGGAAUUCUUCCCGAAUGAUAUGCCCGAAUCAAAUACAAAUGGAAGACUAUUGUGGGAUUUCCUUCAACAAUUACUCAAUGAUCCUACCCAACGAUACACAAAUUACAUCGCGUGGAAAAACCGCGACACCGGAGUUUUCAAGAUAGUGGAUCCGGCGGGACUCGCCAAACUGUGGGGAAUCCAGAAGAACCAUCUUUCAAUGAACUACGAUAAGAUGUCACGUGCGCUCAGAUAUUACUACCGCGUCAACAUUUUACGGAAAGUGCAAGGAGAGCGUCACUGUUACCAGUAAGUAGCUGAAACUUUACUAUUGUUUUGAUUUAUAUUGCACACACCAU